AUGGCUCGAGCCGAGUCUUGCCACUGCAAGGCACGGGAACUCGAUGCCUCGUUUGGCUCCCCUCCCCUACAUGUUGCAUUACGGUGCUGGAUAUACCCGGCUUCAUCAAUCGGACGGCGUUUUGGGCGGGAAACAAAGUUAUCCAAAGUGGAUAUGAUCAAUUGCUUUUAUUUCCUAUUCGAGAUCUGCACUGCUGUAAUGGUUGGUUUCUUCUGA